AUGAUUACAAUGCCAAACAGUACUGAUCCGGAACUAUCAACAUGUUCCUCCUUGAAGGACAUGGAGUACACCGAAGAAGAUAAAGAUGAUGAUGGUUUCUUAACCGAGGCAGGCAACCAUAUACCUUCAGAGAAGGAAUUAGAUAAAGUAUAUCGUCAUUUAGAUUAUAGGAUCAUUCCUGCUCUAUGGUGCAUAUUUUUUUUGACCGAGUUCGGGGCCUGUGCGUAUGGAAAUACAUUAACCAUGAAUUACGAAGAGAACCACUCUUUAGAAGGAAGCUUGCACCUUGAUACUCAUACUCUUUCUACUGCAAAUGCUCUCUCGACAGUGGCCUUUAUUAUAUUUGAUCUUCCAAUGAACUUGCUAAUGACAAAGUUGUCUCCACAGAUAUGGCUUUGCCGUAUGGUGAUGGGCAUAGGAAUUUGCUAUGCAUGCUAUGCAGCAUUGACUAACGCUUCAGGCCUCUUAGCCAUAACAUUUAUGACAGGUUUUGCAGGAGCAGGUUGUUGGCCAGGUCUUACUUACUAUGUUUCUUUGUGGUAUCCAGAGCAUAGAACAGCAAGAAGAAUUGGAUACUACUUUACGGCAGGGCAGAUCUCUGCAGCAGCAGCAGGAUUGGUAGCAGCAGGAUUUCAAAAGAUGGAUAUGAUCAACGGCCUCUAUGGCUGGCAAUGGCUUUACUUAAUUUACGGCUGUAUCACUAUAGUGCUUGGAAUUUUCUUAAUAUGGUGGUUGCCCGAUAGACCGGCUCAUUUAUGCGGAACCAUAAAGAGGAGGAAGCAUCGGUUCUUUCCAAACAAGGUCCAUCAGUUGUUUACUGCGAGACAACCACUAUCGGCUGCAGAACGUGAAAUGCACACCAUAGAUAUGAAAAAAAGAUACAAAAAGGUUGAAUGGAGUGUCAUGGACUUGCUACGAGUGGUUUUAGACCCCCGUACUUGGGCCCUCAUUGUGAUGUACUUCGGCAUUGUUGGAACAGGAGUUGGAUUGGCUACAUUUGCAACCACAUUGAUUAAGGUUAAUAAUCCGAAGUUGUCUGGGGUAGAAGUCUCAUUAUUGUAUGCACCAAUAUGGCUAUUUGACCUUGCUGCAAUUCUCAUCAUUACUCCACUUGCUGAUAAGUUCAAAAGAAAGAGAUAUUUGUUUUUCUCCGGUAGUUGCAUUGUAAUUAUAGCUGGUUUGAUGGUUACAACUUAUGCCAAAGGUCCAUGGACUAGAUGGGGUGGUUUGCUUAUAUGUGGCUUUGGUUUAGGUCCAACUGUUCCAAUUUGUAUGACUCUAGCCUCGGAAAUUAUGACUAAGGUAUACGGUGAUGUUGGGUGUGCGGCAGCUGCGGCUUUAGUUUCAGGAUUGGGAAAUUUGGGAUCAGUGACCUCCACUUACGCUUUAUACACUGGAUGGCCAUCUGACGAAAAAAACAUGUACAGAAAUUCCAACAUGAUUCUAGUGUUGAUUUGCGGUACUAGUGUCAUUGCUUGCUUCGCUUUAACUAUUAUGAGAAGAUUCAUGAGCGAGGAGCCAUACACGAAGCAGCGGGGAUCGAAAGGCAACUACUAA